CUCUUUCGACACGGUAAUGCCGCUGCCGCCCCCCACGUCCGCUCUAGAGCGCCUGGACGCGCUUGCCGAGACCUACGGCACCCCACUGCAGAUCUAUGAUGAGCAGCUGAUCCGUGACAACGCGCGCCGCUUGCUCACUGCCUUCCGUGCGCACUUUCCGGAUUUUCAGCAAUUCUACGCUGUCAAGGCGCUUCCCAACCCGGCCAUUCUCAAGCUUCUGCACCAGGAGGGAUGCGGCAUGGACUGCAGCUCCUCCGCUGAGCUUCACAUUGUGAAGGAGCUUGGUGUGCCCGGCGACCAGGUCAUCUUCACGUCCAACUUCACUGCGAAGAAUGACCUUGGUACCGCCUUCGACCAGGGAGUCAUCAUGAACCUGGACGAUGUGUCGCUUGUCGACAGCCUUGUGGCUGUGCGCGGCAAGUGCCCUGAACUCAUGAGCUUCCGGCUCAACCCAGGCAUCGGCCGCACCGACUCGGAGACCAAGUCUAACGUGCUGGGCGGCCCCGACGCCAAGUUCGGCGUGCCUCCUUUCCAGAUCGUCGAGGCCUACCGCAAGGCGCAACAGGCUGGUGCCAAAGGCUUCGGCAUCCACAUGAUGACCGGAUCGUGCGUCAUGAACCAGGAGUACUGGCGCGAGACUGUAACGGUGCUCUUCAACACCAUCGUGCAGCUCAAGAAGGAGCUUGGCAUUGAGUUCGAGUUCAUGAACAUCGGUGGUGGUCUCGGUAUUCCGUACCGUGAGGACCAGGAGCCGGUGAAUGUCGAGGCUAUCGCUAAGAUGCUGCGCGAAGUUUUCGACGAGGCCGUGAAGGAGCACGGACUCCAGACACUACCCCGGUUGUGCAUGGAGAACGGCCGCUUUAUGACUGGUCCGUUCGGCUGGUUGGUGACGCGCUGCGAGGCCAUCAAGGAAACGUACGGUCGCUACUACGGUGUCGACGCCUGCAUGGCCCAUCUGAUGAGACCUGGAAUGUAUGGCGCUUUCCACCACAUUUCCAUCCCUGCGCGCGCGAAUGAGGAGGUGUCUCCUUCGCACGUUGUGGGCACGCUCUGCGAGAACAACGACUGGUUCGCUAAAGACCGUCCGCUUCCCAAGGCGCAGGUGGGCGACCUGUUUGUCAUCCACGACACCGGUGCUCACUCGCACUCGAUGGGAUUCCAGUACAACGGCAAGCUCCGCGCCCCUGAGGUUCUCCUGCGUGCGGACGGCAGCGACUCGCUCAUGUACGUAUCUUUGAAUAUGUUGUGA